GAAGACUGGAAAGAGCUUCUGCUGUUACCAGGCUUGGGUAGGAGGGCACAGAGUUUAUAAAGGCAGCAAGUGUGUGUCUGGAAGUUAUUUCUCUUCUCAGUUUGGGCACCAGCUGGUCGUGGUAACUGAAAGGUUUAGUAACUGUCUUUGGACACCCAGCUGGCUGCUCUUGCCAUGCUGGCUGCAAGUGGGACACGUCUUCGUCUCCAGUUUGGGCGCUUCCUGGCUGAAGGGCAGCCCAACCUUCCUCCACGAAGACCUCCUCUCAUAUUUGGAAGCCUGAGUUCUCCAGCACUCUCCUGCAGUGGUCAGCACCGAAACCCAGAGACAAAGAACUCAACUGAGAAGUCAUACAAAGUGCCUGGUGGCCACAAACCUUCAACCUUUGACAAGAAAAUUCUUCUGUGGACUGGGCGCUUCAAGACAGAAGAUGAGAUUCCCCUUAGGAUCUCGCCAGAGAUGCUGGAUGCUGCAAGGAACAAAGCUCGAGUCAAGGCUUGUUAUAUAAUGAUUGGUCUUACCAUAGUGGGUUGCUUUGCUGUGAUCAUCUCUGCUAAAAGAGCUGUUCAACGCCAUGAAUCCUUAACAAGCUGGAACUUAGCAAAGAAAGCCAAAUGGCGUGAAGAGGCUGCAUCACCUACAGAGACAAAGGCCAAAUAGUCACACAUAAUAUUGAAGUUGGAGGUGUGUUUGCAAGGAAGAAAUGUUUGGGGGCAAAAUGGAUGAAAUUCUACUCCCUGGUUAAAAUGCUAAAGAUAAAGUAAAUGCAAUUUAUUACUAACAGCCUUCACUUGCACUUAUGUAGCAAAUGGAGUGAGAGGAGAUUAUCUGUUUCCAUGUCACAAGUAGCAAAUAAAGGGACUAAAAUAUGAAGGUCAACUGAAAGUUUGUUUUAAAAGGCUUCAUCUGCUAUCUGCCUCAAUUUGAUUCAUUAAUAACUAUUUAUGUAGAUGUUAGUAGGCGCAUAGAACAGCUAAUAUAACUCAUAAAUUAUUUCCUGACAAAUCAGACAUAAGGUAUUCUUCAGGGGGGAAAGCAGGGAAAAUCAGCAUUUUAUCAAAGAUGGAGAACCAUUUAAUUUCUUAAAUAAAAAGCAGGACACCUAUGAGCUAGUUUUAUUUUCUACCAUAAUCCAUGUAAAUGCUUGCAAGGGUAAAAAUGAGUACCAGAUAAAGAUGAUGUCUUGGACUGUUCAAGGUCUUUACCCUACAUUAAUCUGUCUGAGUUGCAUUCAAAACAUAGAUGAACAAAGUUCCUUCUUUGUUAAUAACAUAUGGAGGGCAAGGCUGAUGAGAAUAUUUUUACAAACACUCCUGUAAUAUCUGUAUACAACACUAUUAACUACCUAUAAGCUUAUGAAGUUUCAUAGCAAGUGGCAGAAUAUAUUUGUUUUUAAAAUUAUUUAUAAAAAAUUAAAAUUAAAAGUCACUUCAAGCAAUUUAUCAAAUCUCUUUUAAGCUUCUAUUUUCAAAAACUGUUUUAUUUCUGAAGACAUAUUUUAAGUACAGUACUGUAACGAAAGACACAUGCCCUUCUUU